AUGGCGGCCGGACAUGUUCACGUUGCUACAAAAUCCGGUGUCUUCAUGGCAAUCAAACUGCUACUUUGCAUGUCCCUUCCGUCGAUUCAGGCUGGGGCCCAGGUACCGCGCAUCGACAAGGCUAGCACUGCUAGCAUCGUUGCCAACUCGACGCCAACCAACACUUCCGACUUGUCUGCCGGGCAGUGGCAUCUUUCUGCCCGCGCGCCUCCAGUUUUGACCUAUCCCGACGCCGUUGCUAAAGGAAAGACGCUCAUUGAGGCAAUGGACGCUGCUCCACAUCUUUCGGAUGAUUUUCAGAGCAAGUGGACCGACUUCAAAGAUCUGGCAAAGCCAGAGUCCGGUUGGAUCAAGGAGGCGGACAUGGAUUUUGAAAUACCGGAGCCCUUCGGCAAUGGCAUGGGCACAGCGGCGCAAAUGAUCGGAAUCAGUCGUGGGGCUCAUGGGAAUACCGUGCCUGAACUCAGCCAAUGGUCCGACGUCACGUUUCUCCAGUGGCAAGAGCUGACGAAAGACAAUGACAUGCUCGACAAGUUACAGUAUGUCGCCCACCAUGUCAUAACCAACAAGCCCACGGAACACAUAAUGAACCAUGUCACCAACGGCAAGCUCGACGAAGCUACAGUCCCCGGCUAUAGCUUCAACCUAGGGACUGAUGCCUUUGCAGCACUGUUGGGAACUCCGCUCGGCGCAGGUCCUGCCUACCUGCUCGCACAACACAAGAAGCAACUUGGCUGGAAGACAAUACAGAGCAUCAGAAUCUUCACCGUUGGAACCAGGCCCUCCUGUCAAUAUCAGAUGAUUUUCAAGAUCGUGCCACAUCCCAAAGCGUCACUUCAACGGCAGAAUCAAAGGCGGAGUCCAAGGUCAGCAACAGUCAGCACUCAAGAGGAGUGCUGA